AUUAAUAAGAGAACGAAUAAUUUUUGAAAUUGAAGUUGAGAUAUUUAUUCUAAUCUGAAGUACAAGUUGUGUGAUUAAACGUGAGACAUGAUCGCGUGGAUAGCUAAAUGGCCGCUUUGACUUUUCUUACAAAUAGUGUUUUAAGGAAAUUUUUUAUCACGUUUUCGCACAAUUGCGGCUCAAUUUCGCCAACAGGUCGAAUAUUGUUUUUGAGCUCCUGAAUCGUUUGUGGAGCAUUUGUGUAGAUGCUAUAGCACUUUUAUGUCUUACGAUUUUUAAACAAACACCCCUUACAAAAAAAUCAAAACGGCACCUAUGCUAGUUGAGUCCAUGGUGGAUACUUCCACCAUGGUUGAGUCUGCUGAACGCGACAGUCAUAUUUAUAUUUAUGUCCAAUCGUAGUCGCAAUUUAACCUAUAACGUCUGUUGUUAAGGUUAUUAUACCGAUUAUACGAUACCGCAGGAAUAUCAAACAUAUGUAAACACUGAGAAUCAGACAGGAUAACUACACGAUGGAAGAUGUAAUACAAACGACAAAGGACGAUUUGGCUAAAGAUGACGAGUCUCUGAACAUCGCUUCAAAAUGUUGGAAACGUAUUACAGAUGCUGCUGUUAAAACUGGCUAUAGAGAAGGGAUACAAGACGGAGCAGACUCUGUGUUGCAAGAAGGAUUCGAUAUUGGUUAUAAAGAUGGUUUUGAAACCGCUUUCAUAUUGGGAAGGUACAAGGGUCUGGCUGCUGCUUCAACAUUCACAUUAGAACAUCCCACAGACGUGGCGGUAGCUCUUGAAAAGACCAGACGCGGUGCAUGUUGGAUAUGCAAUGUGGAAUCACAAACUAAACCUUUCAAUCCACAUGAGAAUGCUUCGUUCUCAGAAAUCCUAAGCAAGCAGAGAGAAAAUUCUGCAGAAGUAAUAAACAGGUUACACGAAUAUUUCAAAUUAGACUUGGAGAAAUCGGACACUGGAAUAAAUUCAACUGUUUAGAUACAUUUAAGUUGCAAUUUAUAGAUUUACG